AUGGCUGAAGAAGCUGUUGACGUGUACCCUACCCCAGUGUUGGAAAAGGCUAAGGCGAUGGCUAACCUGGCUUGUGACCAGUCUUCUGAGAAGUCCCUAAAUCCCCGAGAGCCUCAGGAGCCCGGCCUAACACAUCCACCUAAAGAGAAGAAGCUGCGGCACCGCAGCCGCUCUGGGUGCAAGAAGAGCCGUACCCACUCCAGGAGUGGGGAAAGUUUUGCUACUUAUUUCCCGAAGGUGCUGAAGCACAUCCAUUCGGGCCUCAUCCUCUCCCGGUCGACCGUGAGCGUCCUGGACUCCUUCGUCAAGGACAUGUUCCAGUGCAUCGCCAGCGAGGCCAGCCGCCUGGCCGGCCAGAAUCAUCACUCCACCAUCACCUCCAGGGACAUCCAGGCGGCUGUACGCCUCCUACUGCCCGGGGAGAUUGGCAAACAUGCUGUGUAUGAGGCCACCAGAGCCAUCAAUCAGUCACAUCCCCGCCAGUGA